AUGGCGGCCACCGAAUCCCAGCUGCCUACCGACCCCAAGUACGACCAGUACGACUUCCCCACCACCGCUCCCGAAGCGCAGCCUGGCCACCCCGGCCACACCUCCCCCGAACAGGAUGCAAAGGUGCACCAGCUCCGCGCUGAGCUCGAGAAGCUCGGCUACACUGAGCGUUUGGAUACGCUGACCCUCUUGCGUUUCCUGCGUGCCCGCAAGUUUGAUGUCGAGGCUGCCAAGACUAUGUUCAUUGCCAGCGAGAAGUGGCGCAAAGAGUUCGGCACCGAUGAUCUGGCUCGCAGCUUCGACUACCCCGAGAAGGAGGAGGUCUUCAAGUUCUACCCUCAGUACUACCACAAGACUGAUAAGGAUGGCCGUCCUGUCUACAUCGAGAAGUUGGGCAAGAUCGACUUGAACCAGAUGUACAAGAUCACCACCGCCGACCGCAUGCUCCAGAACCUGGUCUCCGAAUACGAGAAGCUGGCUGACCCCCGUCUGCCCGCUUGCUCACGCAAGGCCGGCAAGCUGCUCGAGACCUGCUGCACCGUUAUGGACCUGAAGGGCGUGGGUAUCACCAGCGUGCCAUCGGUCUACGGAUACGUCAAGCAGGCCUCCGACAUCUCGCAGAACCACUACCCCGAGCGCCUGGGCAAGCUUUACCUGAUCAACGCGCCAUGGGGCUUCAGCAGCGUCUUCAGCGCUGUCAAGGGCUUCCUUGACCCUGUUACCGUCAGCAAGAUCCACGUCCUCGGCAGCGGAUACCAGAAGGAACUUCUGUCUCAGGUCCCUGCUGAGAACUUGCCCGUUGAGUUCGGCGGCUCUUGCAAGUGUGAAGGCGGCUGUGAGCUCUCCGAUAUGGGCCCCUGGAAGGAGGCUGAGUGGGCUCGUCCCCCUAAAUGGGCUACCGCCAAGGAGGAGGCCCCUAAGGAGGCUGCUGCACCUGUUGUUCAGAAUGAGGAUCCCGGAUAUGAGAAGAAGGAUGUUGAGGGUCAGGAGGGUGUUCAGACUAGCGCUUAA